UAACCCUAGUCGAAGCUAUAUAUACCUUUCCCACUUCCCCAUGCAUUUAACAUUUUUCUCUUUACAACAAAAUUUUCUGUUUGUUUCCUUGGAAAAUAAGUAGAGCAAAUCAAAUGCAAACCAAUCUUUCUGACAAUUAAUUAGUUCUGGUUUCUGAUCUUGCAUUUUAAAAAGAGAAUUCAAUUGAAUUGUGAAUGAUUGUGAAUAAGGGAAAGAAAUUGAAAUGGCGGAGCGGAGAUUCGGAAUAGGUUACGCUUUGGCACCAAAGAAGCAGAACAGUUUCAUUCAAGAAUCGUUAGUGAGCCUAGCGAAAUCACGCGGCAUCGAUCUAAUCAAGAUCGACACCGAACGUCCGUUAGUGGAUCAGGGACCGUUCGAUUGUGUGCUACACAAGUUGUACGGUGAAGAUUGGAAGAAACAGCUCCAACAAUUUCAAGUUCAGAACCCUAAUGCGACUAUCAUUGAUUCUCCUGAAGCAAUUGAACGGUUACAUAACCGGAUUUCGAUGUUGCAGGUUGUUUCGGAGCUCAAGACUGAGAAUCAGUCUGAAACCUUUGGGAUUCCGAAGCAGAUUGUGAUUUACGACAAGGAAACGCUCUUUGAUCGACAGGCAUGGGAGUCGUUGAAGUUUCCGGUUAUUGCGAAGCCUUUAGUAGCGGACGGCAGUGCGAAAUCGCAUAAAAUGUCUUUGAUUUUUAACCACGAUGGCUUUAAUAAGCUAAAGCCACCAAUUGUUCUUCAAGAAUUUGUUAAUCAUGGAGGAGUUAUUUUCAAGGUUUAUGUUGUUGGUGAUUACGUGAAAUGUGUGAAAAGAAAGUCUUUACCUGACUAUUCUGAAGAGAAACUGAAGGGUCUCGAAGGUUCUUUGUCGUUUUCUCAGGUUUCAAACUUGGCUACCAAUGAGAGAAUCAAUGAGAACUAUUAUGAGAUGAUGCACCUUGAAGACAUUCAGUUGCCUCCUCAGAGUCUUAUAACUGAUAUUGCUAGGGGUUUGAGAAAGGCUAUGAAAUUGAAUCUCUUUAAUUUUGAUGUUAUUAGAGAUACAAGAAUUGGGAAUAGGUAUCUUGUCAUUGAUAUUAAUUACUUUCCGGGUUAUGCCAAAAUGCCUUGUUAUGAGACGGUCUUGACUAAUUUCUUUUGGGAUAUAGUCAAUAAGACUGACGCGGAGGUGUUUGAAGGAACAAGUGAGGAGAAAGCAAGAAGCGUUCCUUGCAAAGAAGAGGGCAAGAUGGGAAGCGAUAUCUGCUGCAAUGACGGGGAAGAAGUAAUAGAAGGGAAACCCCAGUUGACAAAUAUGUAGCAAAUACCUGAGAAGUGUGUCUGGCUCGCUGGUUCAUAGGUUUGGUGAUUUGGGUUAACUGAAAUUGUGUUAAGAAUUUGGAUCCUUGUGCUUAAUUGUGAACCCGAGCGAGUAGCAUAUUUCUCUUUUAGGUAGCAGUUGGUCGGUUGGUACAGUGGUGAAAUAAGUAGGUUGGUUGGUUGCUUCUUGGCGGUAGUUUCAGCCUCUUGACAACAAUAUAUGGUGUUUCAGUGUUUGAUCAUGUAUAUUCCAUCCACCAUUACUCUGGAGAUAGACCUGCUGUGGUUGUGAUCUAUGCGGUUGCUGGCUUUUUAACAUGUUAAUUAGAACCAACAAAUGAGUUACGAAAACAAAAACACAAUAAGCGUGUUAUUUGUUGAGUUGGUAUCUUCUAUUUUGAAGAAAUUGAAGAAGAAGCAAAAAUAUUGAAUAGAAAGUUCUAAUUUUUGUAUAUUUGACUCAGCUGAGACCGUUAUAUUGUCUUGACUUUAAUUGAAACCUUUUUCCUUUCAGUGAGUGAUUGACAUAUUAAUUUUAUUUUUGGAUUUUGUUCAAGGGUGAUAAUUUGACCUGGCUUACAGUUGUUGCUAAUAAUUUGAGAAUUUUAUAUCUCUUUU